ACUGCAUGCUCCUUUGUUAGCUGGGGUUGGACAAAAUCAGUAUACAAAAAUGGACAGUCUGAUGGAGUACAGUGAGGAAAAUAUGAUUACAGUUUGAGCAACCGUCAAUCAAACUGGCUUCAUCUGACCUACAUCCCAUUAUGUACCAGGAUCCCUCCUCCUAAAUCCUCCCCCUGAGUCACAGACAUUAAUCUUCCAUCAUUCAGAGAGGAAAGACAAAUACAUUGUUCAAAGUGCGGACAAUCAAAGUGCAGAGCUUGUGAGGAGGACAGAAUAACUGAACACACCCCUGGAUUUGGUAUUUUUUACCACACUGAAAAAGAAAAGAAGGAGAGCAGCAAAGGGAGGAUUACCCAGAGGCAUAUGAUGAUAUGGAAGCAUCUGUUCUGAUCUGAUCAGUCCUUUAAAUCACCUCCACAGUCUUUUUACUUGAAUUUUAACCAUGGGACCGCUUCAUGAGCCAGGAUGGCAGAAGAGAAGCCAAAUCAAAAGUUGUGAGGAAAACCAGCAUUGCAAUAAGUCUUUCUCUCAGCGCAGACAGUCGGCACCUUCUAUUAUUCUCAGCAAAGCUCUUACAAAGUCGAAACCUGUUGCCAGGGAUUGUGCAUCUCAGGUUAGCCAGGACAUUUUCGCCCUGAUCCAAUCUCUGCUCAGCCCAACAAGGAAGCUCAUUUGCCAAGGCAAUGUGGUGCUGCAGACUGGGCUUCAGACCCAAGAGAGAGUCCUCAUCCUCUUCAGUGAUCUUCUCAUCAUCACCAAGGCCAAGUCAGUAAUGCAGGUGAAGCAGAAGAAGUGUGUGCGUAUUAGUGAGAUGUGGACGGCCAGCUGUGUGGAUGAGGUGUGUGAGGCUAGUACCGCUUCAGAGAGGAGCUUUGUCAUGGGUUGGCCAACUUACAACUGUGUGGCUAAUUUUAGCACUUCAGAAGAGAAAGACAGGUGGCUGUCUCUCAUUGAAAGUUGCAUAAAAGAAGAAAAACAGAGUGAUGAUCCGAAGAUGAUUCCACUAAAGAUAUUUGCAAAGGAUGUCGGCAACUGUGCCUAUGCAAAGACUCUUUUUAUCAGCAACACAGACUGCACCUCUGAUGUCAUUGGCACAGCACUGCAGCAGUUUGGUCUUUCGGGUGGAAUAAAAGAUUAUAAGCUGUGGGUGUGUUCAAAACAAGAUGAAACACCAUACCCUUUAAUUGGUCAUGAGUUUCCUUAUAGCAUAAAGAUGAGCCACAUUCGCCUGCUGCAGCAAGAUGCAGUGACGUUAUCCUGCAGCCAGAUGGCGCUUUUGCCUAUUGACGCUCAGUGCCAGUUCUUCUUGAGGCCCAGUAAAAUGAGUAGCAGCACCUGCACAGCAGAACAGAAAAGCAAGAGGAGGAGGAUGUCUAUUUUUAGCUGGGCUUUUAAACGAGGCUUCAGCAUUGAACAGGAUGUUCAGUCCGAAUCUCUUGUCCAAACCAUUCAACCAGCUUCUGGUCAUCUGUUUGGUCGGCCACUCAGUGAUGUGAUAAAAGACAAUAUCCUGCCAUCAUCCAUUGUUGACAUGCUGAAGUGUUUGUGCAGAGAGGGGACUGUGACGCAUGGAAUAUUCCGGUGCUCUGCUGGAGUGAAGGCCUGCCGAGAAUUGAGGGAAAAGCUGGAUUCUGGUCACUAUGAAGAGCCACUGAGUGCAGAACCUGUACUUGUUACUGCUUCAGUGUUCAAGGAAUUCUUACGCAAUAUACCGGGCAGCCUAUUGUGUGAGGAGCUCUAUGAGCAGUGGCUCCAAGCAGUGGAGCAGAAUGGUGAAAGAAAUGGACAAAUGCCGGAGAGAAACCUUCUACAGAAUGUUCAGACACUUGUUCAGCUUUUACCUAAAGAAAAUCUCCUGCUGCUGAGACACAUGCUAGCGAUGCUGCACCACAUACAACUCAAUGCCGAGCACAACCAGAUGACCUCUUUUAACCUGGCUGUGUGUAUUGCACCUAGCUGUCUGUGGAAUUGCAAACUAUCACAAUCUCAUGAAAAAGACGCCAAAAAGGUGUGUGACCUUGUGCGUGUUUUGAUUGACAACUGCUGUGCGUUGUUUGGGGAUGAAAUUAUAACCCUCUUAAUGGAUUUGACUGAAGACAAUAGAAGCAACCGCGGAUCAGUUGGGUCCCUGCAGCAGAUGUCAGAUUCAGGUUGUGAGAGUCUGAAGAAUGAGGUGAAUACAGACACAGAGGAUAUUUCUAAGAGCCGUUCUCUUAAAGACAGUCGUAGUAUGGACUCACUCAUGUCACUGAGUGAUUGUGACCUCGAUUUGCCAGAAAGCCACCUGCCGUCUUCCACCCCAUUGACACAAAUCGGGAACUUUUCACCUGCAGUGCGACAGCUCCGAUCCCUUAAAUUACACAGACACUUCAUGUCCACCAUUGCUUUGACUUCUGAGGAGCAGGAAGUUACCCUAGAAAGUGGAAAACAUGAAGAGUUUAAGAGACCUGAUCAAGUCAAUGAUAAUUUGUUUCUAGAACAAAGCUUUCAGCAACUGAAUUUCGUGAGAGAAAAGCAAACUCCACCAACCUCCAAUGUGUCAUCACCAGUGACUUCACCAAUGCACUCAUCUGUGAGUUCAAUAGACAGUCCAUUUUCUCUGUCCACCGGUCAGACUUGUCAUUCUCCUCAGGACUCUCCAGAAAAGGGACAAUCUGAUUUGCAAGCUCAAAAUGGCGCAGACUACCAACAUUCAAACAGCUUGCCGAAUGUAAAAUCAUCUCCGCCACAUCAUCAGAGGAACAUCACUGAUACUGAAAGGAGUUUACAAUGUAAAGUGCCCAAAAAUCCUCCUUUUCAUCAGCAGGCCUAUCAAAAACUCAACAGAAAACCAUUCUCACAGACUCCCACUCAAAUGCUUUCACAUAAAGGAAAAGGCCUUUUCUACAGGGGCCCCUGGAGCCACACGCAGAGUCCUUUAGGACACCCCAAUAUGCCCCCUGACCCUCAGACCGUCAGGUUCACUUGUCAAACCAGGACUGAAGAAGAGGUCAAGCUACCACAGAGUGUGUUUUGCAGACAGAGCUGCAAGUUGAUGGUGCACAAAGUCAGGGGACAGAACACCGGUUUGAAGUCUAGCAAACUCUCUGGGGAGCAGUUGAGGUUUAAAGCUCUUGAUUUGCACCCCUCCUCUGGAAAAAUAGUCGGGGAGUACUUUAUGGAUGCUUCUCCUCUCAGAGAGAAGCAGGCUAAUGGGAAAGGUCAAAGGCUCAGUUGUUGCAGUAGCAGCCAGUGGAUUGUCUGAAGCCAAUGGGAACAGUCUUUUUCCAAAAACAGAUCAUACACACUAUGACUCCAUUAAUAAUAAUAAUCUGCAGUUUCUUAUAAUUAACAAUUACAGGCUUAAUAUUACAAUAUUAUUAAAUUU